AUGGGUGAUGAUAUUUUACUUGAUUUCCUUCAUAUGGAGUUUGUCUCGCUGAUGAGUAAGCUGAAUGGAGAAAAUAGCACUGAUGUCAGUCGGCAAGAAAAUGUAGGAUUUCAAGUUGGGUUUCGUUAUAUUGAAAAGUACACCCGUGAGUGGAAUCGCUUCAAGGACGAACUAGACAUCAUCAAGUUUGUUUGUAAAGAGUUUUGGUCUGCAAUUUUUGGCAAGCAAGCAGACACAUUGCGAACAAAUCACCAGGGAAUCUACGUACUGUUGGACAAUCAAUUUCGUUUUAUACUUAAAAUAUCCGAUUCGCAACAAGGCCUUAAUUCAGUUGCCAAGUAUCUCGCUUUCUCCUGCGGUCUCAUUCGUGGAGCCCUCUCCAAUCUGGGCGUCAACGCCGUCGUCACGGCUGAAGUUUCAACGCCUCCAAUGGUUAAAUUCCAGAUACAAAUCCAAUCGCAAAGCUAA